CCAGACGGAGAGGGACCGGUUCCAGGGCCUCAGUUUGACGUUUGCUCCCGCGACGAUCGGAUGGCAAUUGUCCAGGAGAUCCAGAGGGACUCUGUGACAAUAGUCUGAGACUUCCAGUGGGACUGUCGUGGUCCAUAUUUCCAGUGGGUUUUCCACUGAAGAAUGGUUGUUGACCCCAUUAUCAUUCCGGGCAACGCGCCGAAGAGUAGCUUUGUUGUGGUGCCGUGUUUCCAAGAGGACCAGAUUACGUUGGCUCGAUCAAAAAGAUUUCUGGGGAAACCCGGUUCACUUUUCUCUUCGAGUCUUGGUGAUAAGGCGUCCUGGAACGCUGUGUGCACAAUAGUGUGUGUUUUCUGUUAAGUGAUGUAAAAGAGGAAUAAUACAUUAUAUUGUUGAAAGAAUAAAUGGCAUUUAUGUCUUCUUAAUGUGUUCACAAUUCCUCUGAAUUCGUGAAUUAGAACUUCUUAAACAUGGCACAGAAUUUCUUAUAAAGACGAUUACUGGAAAUGUGUGAUAAUGAAAUACUUUGAUAGUGAGAAUCAAGAUGCAGAUAACUCGUCAAUUGCUCGCAAGUCUCAUGAAAAGUAAAACUAAUCUCGUUUAGAAAACAAAAAAAAUCUGAAGAGUUGGAAAGGUGAAACUAGUGUUAAGUGGUCCUAUAAACUGAUCACUUUGUGCGUUCAGUCAUUCAAGUGAAGUCUGAGCUCUAGAAAGUAAACAAAGAUGACGGAAACAACAACUGAUCAUUUCCUCCCAACGACGACCAUGUCUGGUCAAGAAGAUGUGGACGGCCGAAAGGUUCUUCGGCUGGAGUGGCUCGACGUCGGCGUCAUCGUCGCGUACUUCGUCUUCGUCCUUUUCGUGGGACUGUGGGUGUCAAGGCGCAACCAAGGAAGCGUUUCCAGCUACUUCUUAGCUUCGAGGGAUAUGCACUGGAUACCCGUGGGAGCGUCCCUUUUUGCCAGCAACAUUGGGUCAGGUCACUUCAUAGGCUUGGCAGGAGCAGGGGCGGCUUCUGGCAUUGCCGUGGCAGGCUUUGAACAAGGGUCUGUGUAUACGCUGAUAUUGCUAGGGUGGCUGUUUGUGCCAGUGUACAUGAGUUCCGGAGUUUACACAAUGCCAGAGUACCUGAGGAAAAGGUUCGGAGGGCAAAGGAUCAGAGUGUACCUGUCCUUCCUGGCUCUGAUUCUUUACAUCUUCACAAAAAUAUCAGCUGAUCUGUACGCCGGAGCGCUAUUCAUUCAACUUGCACUGAACAAAAGCUCUGAAGAAUGGCUUUACAUCAGCAUCGUUAUUUUACUGGCGAUUGCAGCCAUAUUUACCAUAGCAGGCGGUCUGGCAGCCGUCGUCUGGACGGAUCUGGUGCAAAUCAUCCUGAUGGUCAUUGGAGCCUUCAUCCUCAUGGGAGUCUCUCUAAAUGCAGUGGGUGGACUGCAGGGUCUCAUAGAGCAGUUUCCCUAUGCAGUUGCAUCGCAACAAGCAGUCGACCUCUUCAACAACACGUGUGGCAACCCACCUUCCGAUUAUAUGAACCUCCUGCGCCCUAUCGAGUCUGGAAAAAGUGCCUAUCCAUGGACUGGUAUGGUCAUAGGCCUAAGGAUUAAUUCCCUCUGGUACUGGUGCACUGAUCAGGUCAUUGUGCAAAGAACCCUUGCCAGUAAGAACAUGAGUCACGCAAAGGGUGGCUGCAUCCUGGCAGCCUACCUGAAAUUCCUGCCAUUAUGGCUGCUUGUGUUGCCUGGAAUGGCUGCAAGGAUUCUCUACCCAGACAGAGUAGGCUGUGCGACACCUGAGGCUUGCAAGGCUAUCUGUGGAAGCGAAUCUGGCUGUAGUAACAUUGCAUACGCUGAGCUCGUCUUGAACCUUCUGCCAUCAGGACUUUCAGGUAUGAUGUUAGCCGUGAUGAUGGCAGCCCUGAUGACGUCUUUGACUUCUAUCUUCAAUUCGGCGUCAACGAUCUUCACCAUCGACGUGUGGAUGUUGGUCCGGAAGAAGUUCUCCAGAGCGAAGCCCUCUGACGCCGAGCUUCUCAUCGUUGGGAAAAUCUUCGUUUUGGUGCUUGUUGUCAUCUCAGUCGUUUGGAUUCCAGUUAUUCAGUCGUCAGGGAAUUCGCAGCUUUUCCACUACAUUCAGAGGAUUUCCUCCUUUUUGGCGCCUCCAAUAUGCGCUGUGUUUAUACUGGCAAUAUUUUGGCCAAGGACCACGGAGCCGGGCGCCUUCUGGGGACUGAUGACUGGCUUGUUCAUUGGCAUGCUGAGGUUCAUCGUCGAGUUCUCCUUCUUGGUGCCUGCAUGCGGCACAGGUCUUCCUGACCCAAGGCCGCCUAUUGUGAAGCAGUUGAUAGGCAAUGUCCAUUAUCUACACUUCAGCAUCAUACUCUGGCUCAUCACGGGAGCUGUGACCAUUGGAGUGUCACUCAUGACCAAACCUAUUCCUCCCGAAUGUUUAUACCGCUUGACGUUUUGGACUCGCCGAGAUCCCCGAGUUCGAAAGCCGAUAGAUGGCGACUCUGAAGACGACGCGGUGCAGCAGAUUAAGAGAGCCGACUCGGCCAACCAUGGCCGCCCUGGUGAUUCGACUGCUUCCCUGUCACAAAUGGACAUUGAAAGUUCACCUCAAAAUAAAAGUAAACUGAAGAACUGCUUAGACACAUUGACAGGGAGGGCCAGCGGCACCACCCAAGGUGCAGUAACCACAGACACACCACCAAACGAACCCUCUGAGGAGCAGUUGGCAAAGGAGGCCGCGGAUUUCCUCGAGGAAAAGACUUUUCUGAGAAGGCUCGUGAACAGCAACGCCGUCCUUUGCCUGACGCUCUGCACUUUUGUGUGGGGAUUCUUCGCGUGAUUUGGCGUUGGGGUCCUUGAGCCACACGAGUUCUCGGAGCAACUUGUUCAUUUAUGACGAAAUGAAAAAGCGGAGUUGCCUUCUGGGUUGUGUGUUAAGGUACAAUGUUGAUAUCAUAUCCUCCUAUUAAUGGUAAAUUUUUUUUAGUAUAUCUUAUACUGUAAUGAAUUAUCAAAUGUAAGGUUAAAUGUUGUUUUGUUUAAGAUAGAUACUAUAUGAGAUGCAUUAGUACAUUUAGUGAUAGUAGGCUGUUUUAAGGUUACCAAGAAAUAGUGUAAGAACUUUGAGUUUUAUAUUUUUAAUAUAAAUUUUUCGGAAUCCUUCAUGAAAUGUCAAGGAAAUAUUCGCUGAAUGGAUAAUAAGAUGUAUAACUGUGUAUCAAUAACAUGUAGUUAUCAGUGUGAAAGAAUAGGUCUACGAGCAACGCGUGUGACGAACUUCAAGAAGAGUACAAAUUUUUGGCAUGCAAAAAUUUGCUCUCUCGAUUUAUCUUGUCUUUCUCAUAUGCUUGCCAUGAAACAUGUUAUUUUUGCAGCAUUGAGAAGUCUUCGGGCUAUUUUAGGAGUUUGAGUCACAUGACUCAAACUCUUGAAUAACACGAAGUUUCUGUCUAAUUGUCAUAUUUCAAUUUUGCCUUUUUUACCUAAUGUAGUACCUCUUAUGUUGAUCUCUUUUUCAAUAAACGUGAUGAUUCUCUUUUA